UGCGUGUUGGAGCGGCGGCCGCGGUGAGGGAGCGAGCACGGCAGGACUGACGGGCGGGCGGCGGUGCGCUAGCUAGUGUGCUGCUGGCAGGCGUGUGCUGUGUGUGUGUGCUCCCGUCGCGUACGAACUCGCUUGGAUGUCACCUGGCCAUCACUGAUAAAAAAAAAAGUCCUCUUAUUUCGGCUCGCGACUACCACUUCGCAACCAUUGGCAUCGCACCUCCCGUAGCCUCAUCUCCGCCAACGCCGCCGUCUCCACCUCGUCUUUCAUCUCCUAAACAGCGUCUCCGCUAUGGCGACUCCCCCGGACAGUCCGUAUGGCGACUUUAUGAUGACAUUUGAGACCGUUCGACCGGUGAAACACAGACCAGUCAAGCUUGAAGAACUAUGCAAGCAAACAAAGUUUACCCGACAGGAGAUUCGGCUCAUGUACAGGGGUUUUAAACAGGAAUGUCCAGAGGGUGUAGUCCAAGAAGACACUUUUAAGGAAAUAUAUGCCAAAUUCUUUCCACAUGGAAUUGAUUCCAGUUUGUACGCACACCACGUAUUCAAGGCCUUCGAUCUAAACAGCAACGGACAGAUUAGCUUUAGGGUGAGUAGUCUUUCGUCCCACACCAGUGGAUUCUAAGGCUGUGUGUGUGUGUUUUUUUUUAAAGAGGUCUUGUCUCUAUGUAGUUGGGUGUGGGGGAGUUUACACAAGCUGUCGAAACGG